AUGAAGUCUGACACUUAUUUCAACGUUUGCCUCGAGCAGGCCGCGCUGUCGCCCCUUCGCUAUCGCCACGGCAGCAUCGUCGUCAAGGGUGGCAAGGUCAUUGGCAAGGGUUUCAACGACUUUCGCCCGGGCUACGACGGCGGCCAUAUUAAUUCCUGUCAGACUCCUGCCAACGCCACUUUGUUGGACCGCAGCCGUCUUGAGCAGGCGCUUCCAGGUGCCAAUGUCGCUAUGAGCAUGCAUGCGGAGAUGGCUGCCAUCCAUGCGAUUGUUUCCAAGCGUGGUUCGGUUCCCAUGUCGUCCACUGGCAAACCGCGCUUCAAGCUACCGGGUAAUCCUUUGAAGCGGACCGAAGACGUCGACCGCGCUAUGGCCAAGGUCGGCGAGCGCAUGCGACGCGACCAACUAAAGCAGCAGCGCACCGCCGCCCUUCGGGCCGCCGAGUGGCGUUUUGAAGUGUGCAAGUCCCAAGCCGGCUCGGUGGUAUCAGUAUAUGAAUGCGUAUCGAGGACAAGAGCAGCAGCAAGGGCAAGUUCAGCAGCAGCGGCAGCAGCAGCAGCAGGUCCCGAUGUUCAACAACCGCAACAACAAACUGCAGCACAGCAAUUCUAA